AUGACCAAAUUAUCCUCCACCAUCUCAUACAAACUCAUUCGUCAAUGGGAUCACUUCCUACGACAUCUCUCCCCCGUUGCGAGGUACGAAAUAUGGUCGGACGCCUCUGGUAAAGGUUACGGAGGACACCUUGGCCCCCAAUCGAAACCUUUAGACGUGUGGCAGGACAAACAUCAACUCCUAUCUGGAGGUAAAGGGUCAACAGAGUAUAUUGAAGCUCAGGCUUUAUUGUUGAGUUUGGAAAAGUGGGGUAAAGGGUUGAAAGGAAAGAAAGUUUGGUGUUAUAUUGAUAAUUAUCAGGUAUAUCAAAUACUUAGAAGGAAAUAUGAUCCUAUAGAUAUAUUAAGACCAGGAUUAGGAUUGGGUUUGGGGUGGAAGAGGAAGGUUUAUUUUACUUCGAACAAUACCGGUAAUUCCAUGUGGUUAUCUUCCACAUUUAUUGGUGAUUUGACAUCCACCAAUUAUGAACAAUCAUCAUCGACUUACCAAAAUAGAAAUAGAGGAUCAUCAACGAAUAAAGCUCGAUGUCCCAAAGUCACUCAGACGUUCGAAGAGAUCGAUGAAUUGAUAAACAGAUAUGGAAUCACCAUUAAAGCUAGAUGGGUAUGGGGUAAAGAUAAUUUCCUGGCCGAUAAAUUAUCUAGAUUAGUGGAUGUCAAUGGGAAUGAGAAUGGGAAGGGAAAGGGGAAUCUGAAACCUCACGUAUUGAGUUUACUGGAAGCUGCUACGACCACGACGACGAAAAUAACAGCAGAAGGAGAGAUGGAUAUGAUCGGUGGCAAUAGCAAGGAUGAAACUAGAUUGACUUAG